UGGUGAGUUUUGUCCAGACACCCAACCUCCUCUUGACAACCAUGCAUGCCAAAGACCAAGGAGCAAGCCCAAGCAAAGCAAGCUCUGUCAAAUGUCAGGUUCAUAGAAUAGUAUGCCAAUCCUCUUGCUUCACUCAUCAGCUUCCUUCCUCCCUCCCCCCUUUGAAAUAAUCUUCCCUACUCCUUCAAGAAACAUACCACCCAUUUGCAAAACAUUGGUUUGAUCGAAUUGCCCUUGAAUUUCAAUUCCACACACAUCAUGUAUGUUUAGCACACAAACACUUUCACACAAACAAGUGGGUAUGGAUUAAGCUUGCAAGCACUACUUGGAUUUGGUUAGUUUGUUUGGUUUUGGUUUCUUCCCAUCCAUGCAUGGGCAAUUGAGCGUGAGGAUGAGGUGCCUCAGGCCGGGCGGUCGCCGGCGAUGCCCGGUUCUUGGCGGCGACACGGCCGCCUUCUGCGCCUCGCUCAUCGAGGGGCUGGCGCACCUGGAGAGCACGCUGGAGGUUGAUCAUGGCGGCGGCGGCGUCCUGAGCUCGGGGUCGGUGUCCAUGCGGUGGUGCGUCGACGCCAUGCUGCUGGUGAAGCGGAUGCAGCGCGAGAUGCUGGCCAUCUUCCGGAAGGCCGACGUGCCGGCGGCCGGCGCCGUCUCCUCCCGCGGCGGAGGUGCUGCCGCCGGCGCCGGCGACUGGUUCGAGCACUACAUGCAGGAGACCGCGGCGCUGCUCGACUUCUGCAACGCCUUCAAGGCCGCCGUGUCGCGGAUGCACCGCUACUGCAUGGUCGUCGACUUCGCCGCGCAGGUCGGCGGCGGCGCGGGCGCGGCUGCUGCCUCGCUCGUCGUCGAGAGCGCCGCCGCCGCCCCCCGCGCCGUGGAGGCGGGCGGCCAGCGGGCGUCAUCGGCCGCCGCCGCCGCCCGCGAUAAGAUCGCGGAGGUGAAGGCGACGGUGGCCGAGGCGGAGCGCCUGGGGAGGACGAUCAUCUCCGGUGGUUCCGGCGGGGACGGCGGCGGCAUGGUCGUCGUCACGCUCGUCGCCAAGAUCACGACGUCCGUCCUGGCCAUGUUCGUGCUCCAGGCGCUGGCCUCGCCGCCGGCCCAGCUCGGCGACGGCGCCGGCGUCCGGCCCACGCUAGCCGCCGCCGUCGACGUCCCGGAGCUGGAGCCGUGGUGCGAGUCGCUGUCACUGAUCCACGCCCGGUUCCCGAGCCGGGCGACGGUCGCCGAGCACGAGAAGGUCGCCAUGGUGGUCCGGGACCUAGUCAAUGGCGGAACCGACGGCGGAGGCCACGGCUGUCAGCAAGAGGAGGCGGCGAGGGGGCAUGUGGUGGAGCUGCUGAGAGCACGGUCAGGCGAGCUCAGGGAAGGGGUGGAGAUGUUCGCCUGCGUUCUUGACGAAGUGUUUGAUGAGGUGAUCAGGGGCAGGAAUGAGAUGCUGGGGAUCCUCAGAGACAAGGCUCUAACCUAAUAGCAAUGAGGUGAGUUUUAGAUUAGCCUCUGGAUCAAUUGAUGGAUUAACCUUGUGUAGCUGGAAGAUCUUCUGAAGUAAUGUUGCUGGGUUCAUGCUGGUUUCUGUCUGAUCAGUUGGGUUUCUGUUUUGCAAAUGGUGUAGAAAUGUAAUGAGUGGUGAGUAUCGACACGUGUAAUUGUGUAUGUUAGAUGUGCAGAUGAUUUUUUUUUCAUUUCCCUAUGGUUUGCAACUUGUAUUAAUGACAGUGUUGAACAAGAGAAAAUUCUUUGUAUGUACCCGCUGAAUACUUGUAAAGUCCAAUCUCGGGUCUACCGUCUAGUACAUACAAAGGUUGUUAUGGAGAUAAAAAAAAUACAGCAGUUUAUUAGGGA